AAAUUAGGACAAAUACUUGAUUGCUGGUGAUAUUUGCUAAGUAAUAUCAAAUUCAUGAAGACGAGGUCAAGAAAAUGGCAAAGACAGGAACAUAAAUCUCACAAAUGCCAAGCAACAUAAAAGAAUAAUUCAGCUAACCUUGAAAAAGUUCAAAUAAAUUUCACUUGAAGUUUAUUGUAUAAUAUACAUGUCAGUAGUCAAAUGCCGUAUGAGAAAAGUAAUGUCCAUUAAAGACCAAGAAUGUACCCUAAGACCACGUGCAAUUGCUUUUCAAUGUGUUUAUUGCUAUAAGAAGAUAUAUAUUCUUACCUUUUCCAGUUUUAUAAAUGGGAAAAUAAUAAAAUUUACUUUCAUCGUGGCGUGAGCUAUAACAGAAAAGCUGCAGGACUUUGGGGUGUUCCUUCUGUUUAAGUGACAAGCAGUUACAUUAACAUAUUCAUAACCUACUUAUUUCAGUACAACUACUCUGUUAAAUAAUUGGCAGACCCUCAGUAGAGCUGUUUGGGACAGUUGCAGUGGUGUUCAUUGAGCUUUUGGUAAUGUUCACACAGCUGAGUAAGCUGAAGAUACUAUACUGAACAGCUGUCUCUCCUUGUGCUCAGGUAUGGGAUGAGAGACUGGCGAAAACAGCAGAAUCCUGGGCAUCGCGGUGUAUAUGGGAUCACGGACCAUCGCAUGCUCUGCGCUACAUGGGCCAAAACCUCUCCAUCCACUCCGGCAGGUAUAGGUCAGUAAUUGACCUGGUGAGGUCUUGGCACGAGGAAAGAAACUCCUUUGGGUAUCCAAACAAAUGCAGCGGAUCAGUGUGCACCCAUUAUACGCAGAUGGUGUGGGCCACAUCCAACAGAAUAGGAUGCGCCAUCAACAGGUGCGCAAACAUGAACGUGUACGGCAGCCCGUGGAAGCAAGCUGUCGUCCUGGUGUGCAACUACUCCAUUAAGGGUAACUGGAUAGGAGAGGCCCCUUACAGAACGGGACGUCCGUGCUCUGCCUGCCCCGCCAGCUAUGGGGGCUCCUGUAGCAGAAACCUCUGCUCCUCUUCCGGCUCCAGGUCCAACAAAAUAAACCGGUUCUAAUCGCAGGGUCUGACUCGCGCCAUAGUUCGUGGUGCUGACGUCAGAUUUGAGGGGAGAGGGCGUCUGAAAUAGACCAUUUGAAAAAAUUUGCUCCUGGCCUGUAAUAAUUGUCUCAGUUCAGUUCUAUAAUACCACUAUUUGUAUGACGACCAUAUAAUGAGUAUUAGCAUUGUUUACAAGAAUGAUGAAUAAUUAAUUAAAGUCUUUAAUAGGUAUAAUUAUUAGUAAUAAUGAAGAUUAGAAUUCAUGUUAAUAGUGAGUGGAAGGUAUUUUAUUUUAUAUUUCUGUUGAUCAUUUAUCUCAACUUUCUUUUUAUUUUUUAUUUUUAUUUUUUAGUAAACGAAUGUCACUUCUCAUUAUCACUCACUCUGGUGCUGGAUUUCAUGGUGCUGAUGCAAAUGUGUAUGUUUCACUGUAGUCCUCGAAGGGUCAUCAGUUUUGACAAGUCUUAGCUUUAUUUGUUCAGAAUCCUCAUAAUCAGACAGAUGAGGAUGAUGUCAUUGUCCUGUAUUCUCUUUUUUUGAGAGAAACCAUGCAUACUUGGCAUUAUAAUUUUAAACUUAUGUUAAUUUGUUUUCUAUUUUUUAAUUUAAUCCAAUCCCCAGAUGUUGCACUGUUUUUAAAUCUGUGUUUUACCAUUCUAAAAUGCUUUUGACAUUCAA